CGAGAACUCUAAUCUUUGCGGCAAAUUUCUUGGCCAGAAGACUCAAGAGUUGGAUGUGGCAUGGCCAGUUUCAUGCGGAGACCUCGAGGUGUCCAGCCGGACAAAAUGUUCCAGCGUCGCACGCCUGUCCACUCACACGGUCUUGACACUAGCACAAUGAGUAGAGACGUUGGUGCAGCUCCUCCUCGUAGGAAAUCUCUGAAAGAUGUUGUUCGACAUUUUACUCCAGCAUGGUUUGCUGUCACGAUGGGGACUGGCUCAAUCGCCAUACUCUUCCACAACUUUCCUUAUGCUGGUAAUUCGCCAGUAAUGCGAGGGUUUACACUCGCCUUCUUCUUCUUCAAUCUUGUGCUAUUUCUGCUCUUCAGCGUUAUCACUGCAGCUCGAUACAUCCUCUUUCCUGGCAUUUGGUUUCACAUGAUACGGCAUCCUGUACAGAGCUUGUACAUUGGCACGUUUCCAAUGGGCGCAACAACGUUAAUAAACAUCGCCUGUAGCGACAUAUUCCAGACAUACGGUUUUGGUGGGAAGCCGUUUAUUUACACGGUGUGGGCGUGUUGGUGGAUCAAUGUUGCGAUUUCAAUAACAUGCUGCUUUGGCAUGAUGCACGUUAUGAUCACUCUCCAACAACAUUCGCUAAAGUCUAUGACAACUGUUUGGCUUCUUCCUGUCGUGACCCUUGUCGUCGGAUCUUCUUCUGGAGGUGUUCUCGUGCCAGCGCUUCAGGUCUAUUCCCCCUCGUAUGCGUUGCUAACGGCGACGUUCUCUGCGUGCAUGGUCACAAUAGGUCUUAGCCUUUCCCUCAUGCUACUCACGAUAUACAUCCUUCGGUUGGUCGUGUACGGUUACCCCACGGGUGCAUCAAUUCUGUCUGUUUUUCUUCCUAUCGGUCCUUGUGGACAGGCAGCAUACGCGCUCUUAAAGCUGGGGUCCUCUUUCCGUUUGCUAUUACCUCUGAAUUAUGGUGAUGCAGGCGGAUUGUUGCGACAGCCUGGAACCGGCGAAGUAGUGGAGGUGAUAUGUGUGGUUGGUGCUAUGGUGCUAUGGUCACUGGCGAGUAUGUGGAUACUCUUUGCUAUGCUCGGUCUCGGCUACACUCUUCGUCGGGAACGCAUUGACUUCCGACUGUCAUUCUGGGGAACUGUGUUUCCUAACGGGGUAUACGCAAAUCUCAAUUUGGCCUUGGCAACAACAUUUUCCUCAACAUUCUUUCGUGUAUGGGGUUCAAUAUAUGCGGUGGGGACGCUAAUAUUGUGGGUGUGUAUUGCCUUGCCUACAAUACGGAUGGUCCCAAGCGGUCGUAUAUUUGACGCUCCAUGUCUGGAAGAGGUCUUGAUUGGAGAAACGGGGAGGGAAACGGAGAAAAGCGAAGAUGAUUUAAAGAACUGACCUUAAUGUCGGAUAGAUGUAAACCUGUUCAAGCCUCACCCGGGUUUUGAGGUGCGGCAUUUCGCAGGUCUACCCGCCUUCUGGCAACAAAAUAUAGACUUGGCUUGUACCCCAAACACUGGCAGAAAGCUGCAGAAUGCGCUUUCCGUAUCAUUGGCAUUGUUUAUCAAUCUCUGG